AUGGACGGCGCCACCGUCAAGCAAUCGGUGCGCAAGAAAAUAAUCACCAAAAAGCUCUUCAAACCCUCCAAACAGAGCAUCCACAAGAAACCCACAAGAGAGUUUCUGCAUCCCAAUGACCCCCCCAAAGUCGUCCUUAUUUCCGUCACUGACCCGUACGCCACCGACUCCUCCGACGAAGACGAAGGCGGCCGGCAGCGCGUCAAGAAAUACGUCACCGAAAUCAGAAUGGAGCAGGGGAAUGCCGCCAACGGCAGGAAACGGACCGCCGGCGGCCUCCAGCCCAAGCCAAAGCCCGCGGAGGCUCCCCCCGACGCGGAGGACGGCGGCUCUAGGAAGUACCGAGGCGUGCGGCGGAGGGCGUGGGGAAAAUGGGCGGCGGAGAUCAGGGACCCCUCCAAGAAGGCGAGGCUCUGGUUGGGCACCUACGACACGGCCGAGGAGGCCGCCAUGGUCUACGACAGCGCCGCCAUAAAGCUACGCGGCCCGGACGCCAUCACCAACUUCUCCGUCCCGCCGGAGAGGGAUCUGGUAAAGCCGCCUCCGCCGUCGUCGUAUUCCGGCACCGGCUACGACUCCGGUCAGGAGUCCCGCAGCUUGCGGUCGCCGACCUCAGUCCUCCGGUUCAGGAACGCGGAUCCGGAGCCGAGCCGGUCCAUCUCGGUCCAGGAUCUGGGAAAUGUGCCGCCCGAACCGUGUGUCUCAGUGGAGGGUCCGGUUAUCAACCAGUUGAACCGGCCCGUUUGUUUUCCCGAACCCGUUCUUGAGCCGGUUCAGCAGGUGGACGAGUAUCAGGGGGAAACAAGUGUUGUGCCUGAUUAUUCUAAUGACUACUUGCCUACGGAUUCGCCGUUCUUGGAUUCUUUCUUCAAUUUUGAGCCGCAGGAUCAGACGUUGUUGUUCGAUGAUGGGCUGGGCCUCACCAAUUUUCACAAACCCGAUUAUUUCACAAAAUGGGCCGAUAGCUUACCGGACUUCGAAUCCAAUUAUGGGGACAUUAAGGAUUCGUCGUUUCAAGAUCACGAGUUGCUCGACGUUUGCGACUACUUUCAAGACGACGUUUGCUAG